UAAUACAACGCUAUCAGUAAUGCAGACGGGUUAAAACAGCUGGUUAGUUAGAUGAAAUUACAACGAGUUUAGUUUAUCACUGUUAAUGAGUUGUACAGGCGCUGAUAUAGUUUUGUCAGCGCAUUUAAAAGUCAACAUUAGCAUAGCUGUAGCAUAGGUCUCUUCUGGGUUAGUAACGCUAAUUGGUUUUUAACAUUUUUCAAAACAAGCUUGGCGCACUACCACGGUUAUAGCUGUGAUUUUAAACAUGAAGCCAGUAAAGCCGUUAUUUCUGAAGACAUACGGUAAGCAGAGGCGAAAGCUGCCCGCCUGGAUUUCACCUGAAUGCCGCAAGCAGGCCUUCGAUAGUACCUCCUCAACAGACGGUGACAUCUCCGUCUUUGAACCCGCAAAGCCUGCGAGAAAAAGAGAGAGGAUAAGUGUUGCCAGUCGUAGAGCGGCGCGUCCUGCCAAGAAAAAGGCCAUGCUGACGGAGAAGAGCUGUGAUGAGGAGAAUAUCAGCAAUGAGGAGAACGUCUUUAUCCCUUCUCCUCCUCGUCCUCAGCCUGCACAGCAGAGCAAGACAACAAGAGGGAAGAGGACUAGUGUUUACAGAGGCAGAGCAGUCCAGCCCACCAAGAGAAAAGUUCUGUUAUGUCUGACAGAGAACAGCAGUGAUGAGGAGAACAUCAGCAGACCCUCUCCUCCACCCCCCCAGCCCACUCAGCGGAGCAAGACUACCAGGAAAAGCCAGCUCCCAGGCAUUUUGAUGACACAGCAAGACCAGCAGGUCCCAAAGACCAGCAAGAGUGAGGAAGACUCAACAUCUGCUCCAAAAUGUCAGAAAAAAUCAGUUCAAAUGAAGAGAGACUCUAAUGUUAAUCCUCCCUCGUUGGGCCGCUUUGUCACCCGCCGCAGACGCGGCACUGCUGACAAACCCAAACCCCCUAAAGCGUUACUCAGCAUCCUCAACUCUUCAGAUGACUUUACUUCUGAAGCCUUGUGUUCCAAUAGCAUUCUUCGGCCUUUCAGGAGGAGGAAUAGGAAGGUCCCCUCAGCAUUUUUGGUGUCAAGUGCAGAGAACUCAGUUAAUGCUGCAGGGGCUUCCAGCUUUGCCACCAACCCCCUCCGAGAGAUAUCCCUCAAUGAGUCAACAGAUCACAGCCUUGGACCUUGCCGCAGGGAACCCAUCUUUUGCUCUACACCCUCAGCAGGCUCCUUCAGUAAACGUCCACGCCUUAAAACCUUCCCCACCAUCGAUAAGUCCUCCAGCCCUGCAUCCAUGUCAGUAAGCUGUAUUGGUGUCCUGAGCCCAUUUCAAGAACAUCCAGGUUCACAAGGGCAGGCUGCUUGUCCAUCACACUCUGCUCUACCCACUGGGCUCCACUCUGAGGAGAAGUUGCUGUCGAGCCUUGGUGAGCAAGAACCGGACCAGCAUCACCAUGAAGAACCCUCUGGUGAUUUAUUUAUGGAGUCCAAGAGCACUGACAAGAGAAGCAGCUGUAGUGAGGAAGCCAAAAGCCACAUGGAAGAAUCGAAGACCAAGGGUGGAGGGGAAUUACAAACUCUAAAUCUGCUUUCUACAGACAGUGAAAUCAGCAGUGAUUUUGUGUCAGCAGCAGGAGGGUUAGAGUGGCUGAUAGAGGCUCUGAAGGAGAAAUGUUUGACCGAGCUCUGCACAGUGCAGCUGGAGAGAUUAGACAUCCUCUCUGUGACUCAGCUUUGCAGUCAAACAACCUACUCAUCCUGUUUGGAAAUUUCAAGCUCAGCUUAUAGCCAGCCGACAAAGGAACAUCCGCUGUCUGAGCAGUCCUCAGAAGCAUCAUUUAAUCUUCAUUUAUGUGUGACAGAUGAUAAAAUCAGAGAUUAUCUACAGUCAGAAAAUAGUUUUCAAUCUCCUGAACUGGCAGCUUCAGUGACUAACAGUUCACCAUCAGUUGAGUGUAAGCAGUCAGCUGAAUACUCGUCUGCAUCAGGACUUUGUGAUGAAUCUAACCACCACACAGAAAGCAGCGUUGAGUUUAUUAUGGGCACGCAAUUACCUGCCAACAGCCCUGUUCAGACAUUGUUUACUGGAAAGAAGGCUGUAGCAGUAAAGGCCUCGUCACAACUGACUGUUCAGCAACUCAAAGGGUCCGCAAAGCAGAAAGAGGCACGUUUGACUUGUGAUGAUAGGUCUGUUAAUCCAGAUGCCAAAGGGUCUAAAAAUGACUGCAUACCUAACAUAGACGACCCAGAAAUUCUCACAUGUUCAGAAGAAACCACUGAGGGAAUGGAAGUGUCUGUGAGACGGUCAGAAGACAGCAGCAGUCCCGUAGACCAGACACAGUCCAGUGAUCCAGAAACAGAAGAAAGGGCAGCUUUGCUCACAACGAUGCUGAAGGAGAAAUGUCUGUCUGACAAACUCACCGUUGAGAUAAAGAGAGUAACGUUAUCACAGUUGAGAGAAAUUCUGCAAGUGAAAGACAAAAAGCUCACAUCGCCCACAGUUGUGUCAGGUUCAGCCAGUGACGAACACAAUAAGAAUGACCACCCGAAGACACAUGGAGACGCUUCUGUCAAAGCUAACAUGAAAAAGAGGAGCUCAUCAAGUUCUGAAGACAAGAUGUCCUCAGACAAAGAAGGAGUUGUAAAGCGCACUUGUGACAUUCUGCCCAAAAGAAAAAAGAUGUCUCUGGCUCCUAAAGAAAAGAAAAGGAGGAGCACAUCUACAGACCGACCUGGGACGACCAGGAAGGCAUGUGUGAGCGGUAUGAGUGUGAGUCGCUGGAAAAACAAAAGCAGCGCCAGUGCCACAAUGCGAGCCCACGGUGCCAAGGCUGUGGACUGCAGCAUCAAUGAGCUGAUCUCCACGCAACACAAACAACCAAGGGAGCUUGGAACGACCAUGAAUAUCUCCACCCCGGUGAGAGCGAGUCAGAUCAACCUCUCGACCCUGUUGGCUGACUUCACACCAAGCACGCACACCUGGAGCCGACUCAAGGCUGCCCUCUCUGUUCAUCGCAAAGUUCUACUCACCCCGAGGAGUUUACAUCUGUCAGGCUCUCCUGGGACGACAGCCCUAGCAGACAUCAGCCAGGAUCUCUUUGCCACACCCUUGCGGACGCCACUCUCCAAACACCUCCGGUCGCAGCUGUUCCGUGAUUCUCUGGUUGUGUGUGAGGAUGCAGAUCUGUCAGAUGCAGAAAAGGUAUAUGCUGAGUGUGCUCAGCAGCACCCACUGCCCUGGGAGGAGUGCAUCCUCCCUCACCGUAUGAAACAGUGUGCUAAGAUUGGGGAGGGGACCUUCGGUGAGGUCUUCUCCACCACCAAUGCCUCAGGAGACACUGUUGCUCUCAAAAUAAUUCCAGUAGAGGGCAGUGAGAAGGUGAACGGAGAGGACCAGAAGACCUUUGGAGAAAUUCUCCAUGAGAUUAUCAUCUCAAAGGAGCUGAGCAGCCUGAAAGAGAAACAUCAAAACCAGACUCACGGCUUUAUUGGACUGAAUGAUCUCCACUGCGUUCGAGGCUGCUACCCUCCAGAUUUCCUGAAUGCUUGGGACACAUUUGACCAGCAGAAAGGCUCUGAGAAUGACAGACCAGAUUUCUUUGAAAAGGAUCAGUUAUUCAUAAUCCUGGAGUUCGAGUUUGGAGGCGUCGAUCUAGAGAACAGCAAUGGCACGCUGGCGUCGUUGGCAGUGGCGAGGAGCAUCCUUCAUCAGGUUACUGCUGCCUUGGCUGUUGCUGAGCAGGAGCUACACUUUGAACACAGGGACCUCCACUGGGGCAAUGUGCUGGUCAAAACAACCAAGCAGAAGACAGGGAGCUUCCUCCUGAAUGGAACGGCCCACUCUCUGGAAACCAAAGGAGUGCUGGUCCGCAUCAUUGACUACUCUCUUUCCAGACUAGAAAUCGAUGAUCUGACGGUGUCCUGCGACAUCUCGAAGGACGAGGAGCUCUUCAUGGGCCAGGGAGAUUACCAGUUUGAUAUCUACAGACUGAUGAGACAGGAGAAUGGAAACAACUGGAAUGACUUCCACCCCCAUACCAACGUGCUGUGGCUCCACUACCUGUGCUCCAAGCUGCUUUCCAUGAAGUACCGGAGCUCACGAGGGAGGGGUGCCAAGGACACGAGAGAGGAGCUCACUCGUUUCUAUGACAACGUCCUCCAGUAUAGUUCUGCCACUGAGGCACUGCAGAACUGCCCCAUGUUUCAGUAGAAUGUGAGCACUGAACACAUAAAGUGUGAGGAAACUCAACCACAGUCUGUUUCUAAAUAUGAAGGAGGUCCAACGGAUGUGGGUCAUCUGACGUUGGCUCCCUUUAGCCAGCAGUUUGCCAGUCAGCCAUCAUGGCCUCUGAAAUGCAAACACGGUUAUUGAUGAUCAUGUGACAGAGAUGGAGGUCACUUCAUGUACAGUGUCAUUUGACAGGUUAUUAAAAUGGCU